CGCUGAAUAGAUGAGCACACCACUAAACGAUGAUGAAAGAAAAUGAAUGAAAAAAGCAAAUGGCUGACUAAAAUCGACGUUCUUGGUCCUAAUAUAAAUCCGAUGUAAUUACAUGAAUUAUGCGCUCUUCAUGAUAAUGAUUAGCGAAAUAAGAUUAUAUAAAGAGUAAAGAACUAAGAUUACUAUAUAUUACAGGCAGAAAGCCUUUUGAAAUAAAGAUAUAUCAGAAACUAAUACCUUAGCUUACACAAUUCGUACUAAAUUGCAAAAAUAUUUAUAGUGCGUGUGACGGACGCACGUCCGUUUAUUACUCAGUUGAAGUGAUGUGAAGUGUCGACACAGGGCGGGGGCGCCGCCCCAGUCGACCAUGGAGCGAGGCUACGAUAAAAGGCAUAGCAAACACCAUAAGGACAAGCAUAAGAAGCGGGCUCAUAAAAAGCACAAGUCACACUCAGGUAGUUCGCAUGAUCCAUCUUAUGCUACAGUCAAUUCUCAUAAACCGCUUGUGGAAUAUUCUGAUGUUAGCUCAGAGGCAUUAUCAGCUCCUGAGGCUGGCGAGAUAGACAGUGAAACAAGCUCAAUCAGCAGGCAUAUCGCUGAUGACCUUGAUAGAACGAGGAAGUCCCAUUCCAUCCGUACAUUUGUAGAUAACAAGACAAUAUCAGUGACAACAACAAGUCGUCGAGCUGCUGAAGAAUAUGUUCUACGGGAUGCAUCUGUGCCUAGGAAGAGACGCUCAGAGUAUGAUGAACGUGAACCAGACUUUGCUGACCAUGGUAGUUUUAAGAAGAAAAAAGACAAGCGGAAAAAAGAUAAGAAAAAGAAGAAGAAGAAAUCAAAGAAUAGAUCUAGAUCAGCAAGUUUAGAGAGUGUAUCUCCAGAUGAUAUUAUUCCUGAGGAACCUCCUAAGAGAGCAGUCACACCACAAAGAUACCAGCAGGUGCCUGUGAGUGAAUGGGAGAAGGCAUCUUCUCCAUUGAGGAAUGGGGGUUCAUGUUCUCCAGUGUCCCCAUCGAUGACGCCGCUGAUGCGGCACGAGUCUCCACGACAUCGUCAAUUCGCGAGGGAGCAAUCAUUACAUCACAACCCCAUGCCUUACUCGCCUCAUAGAGACAGAUCACCACCUCUCAGAAGGAGACAGAAGUCCACGACGCCUCACACGCCGUUAGUUCCUCCGUACCACGAGACGGUGACCAUAGAUUCGGACACAGAGGAAUAUGACCGCGGCAGACGAGACUACUGGCACGAACAACAUCGCUUGCAAUCACCUAUCAUGGUGUCAGGUAAUACACAUUACUCUCCAGUCCACGAGGUAGUGCCACGUCCAAGGGAGUACAGUCCGCGUCGCUCCCACCGGCGUCGCAGUCCUCACCAUCGGAGGAGGACACGAUCCAGAGACAGGCACCGUGAUAGGGACUUCAAAACUUCGCAUCGGUCACAUAGCCGAAGCUCGCUAAAGCGGCGCCGGACUAGGUCGCGCAGCAGACGGCGUGGCUCCACGCAGUCUCCGCCGCGACACCGCGCCAAACAUAGGGAGCCAUCGCCCAGGGAGCGACACAGGAUCAAGCAUGAGUCGCCCAGUCCCCCGACGAUGCUCCAGCGGAAGAUAGACUUCAAGGAGAAGAUUAGUGAUACCAGUCUGUUUGCUGAACUAGUCAAGGACAAGCACAAGAGAGCUAAGAAGCUGCAGGAGAUAUUAAACCAGAAGGAAGAAGAGUCCCAGGGUGCGUUGUCGAAUACUACUUCGAUCAACAACCCUGAGAUACUCACCAUUGAUGAACUCUCCAGCAAUACUUGUGACAGUUCCACACAGCAAUCUAACAAAGAGAAUGGUGAAGCGACACGUGAGGGCGGUGAUGUGGUGGACAUACCGAUGCCGGGCGCGGACGAGAGUGCCUCCAAUCCCCCGCCAGCAGCCCCGGCAGCUGCGGGAGCCCCUCCGGUCCCGGCGCCGGCAGCCCCGCCAGCCCCGCCAACCCCGUCAGCUCCGUCAGCCCCGCCAGCACCGGUCACAGCCCCGCUAAACCCGCCGCCGGAGUUCGCGUCGUUUGGUCGCCAGGAACCAUUGCCGGCGCCGCACGUUGCUGCUAAUGGAGACGCGCAGCCACCACCUCCACCACCGCCGCCGCCUGCUGAUCCUCCAUCUAGCGAGCCACAGAAAUCGAAGAGUCCUGCAGUAUCGCCCCCGCCAGUGCCCGCGCAGCCCCCGUUGCCCCGCGGCAGUGUAGUAGACGCGGCGUACUACCAGAACUCCCAGCCCGCUACACAUAAACCCAAGAGUCUCACUAAGCUGCCCAUGCCGCCUAAUACACAGGUGGAGGAUCUGAAGACGUUAGUAAACGAGAGUCCUCUAAGUACACCGUCUCCAUCUCCCGUCAAGAAACCAGAGAAACCGAAGCGAACUGGCAUCAUGAACCUACCAAUGCCACCUGUGAUCCCUGGCUCGGAGGAAUUAUCAGGCGACGAACUGGACGGAGGCACUCCGCCGCCUGCAUCGCGCCGCGACCAGUACUCACAUGUCUUUAGUAACAGGAAACACGCUAGGGAUAAUUCUGGUUCGAAGUUAAAGAGGCCGCGUAUCCUAAAACGUCGCGGGUCCAAGGUGGUACCUGUGGCGACACCCACGCACCACGCCAAGGACUGGGGCGAGAAGUGCGUCGAUGGCUUCCAGGUUAUCACCCAAAUCGGCGAAGGUACGUACGGGCAAGUGUAUAAAGCACGAGAUAAGAACACAGGCCAACUGGUCGCGCUCAAGAAAGUGCGGCUGGAGAACGAAAAGGAAGGAUUCCCUAUUACAGCUGUGCGGGAAAUCAAAAUAUUGCGCCAGCUUAAUCAUAAGAAUAUCGUCAACCUGCGGGAAAUUGUCACUGAUAAACAGGAUGCUAUGGAUUUCAGGAAGGACAAAGGCUCCUUCUACUUAGUAUUCGAGUACAUGGACCAUGACUUGAUGGGUCUAUUGGAAUCCAAGAUGGUGGACUUCACGGAGUCUCACAACGCGUCUAUAAUGCGCCAGCUACUGGACGGGCUGGCUUACUGUCAUAGAAAGAACUUCCUGCAUCGGGAUAUCAAAUGCAGUAAUAUACUGAUGAAUAAUAAGGGCGAGGUGAAGCUAGGCGACUUCGGUCUGGCACGGUUAUGGUCCGCGGAGGAUCGAGCGCGCCCAUACACAAACAAGGUGAUCACUCUCUGGUACAGACCGCCCGAGCUACUGCUGGGGGAGGAGAGGUAUGGACCGGCCGUCGAUGUUUGGUCCAUGGGAUGCAUACUCGGGGAACUAUUCCUCAAACACCCACUAUUCCAGGCCAACAUGGAGAUGAUGCAGCUGGAGAUGAUCUCGCGCGUGUGCGGCACGCCGGUGCCGGGCGUGUGGCCGGGCGUGGUGCGGCUGCCCCUGUGGCACGCGCUGCGCCCGAAGAAGUUCCACAAGCGCUGCGUGCGGGAACACUUCGCCUUCAUGCCGCCGCACGCGCUCACGCUGCUCGACCGCAUGCUGGAGCUGGACCCCGAGCGGAGGAUCACCGCCGAGGAUGCUCUGAAAAGCCCCUGGUUGAAGAAUGUGGUGCCAGAGCAGAUGCCCGCGCCCGAGCUUCCUACUUGGCAGGACUGCCACGAGCUGUGGUCCAAGCAGCGCCGGCGACAACAGCGUGAGCAAGACCAUACACAGGGCAAGAAGCCCUGCGGUUACGGCGACGAACAACCCAAAAAUGACAACCAAGACUACAAAAGUGAGCCUUACAAAUCUGAAAGUGGUUUCAAGCCCACCGAGCCCGCGCAAGAGGCUGUGGGACAAGUGAAAUAGUACAGACUACAUUGUAAAAGAUACUUUCGUAAAAGAAAGAAACGGUGCUUAUAUUAGACCAAUUGACUAUGUGAUCUAGUUUAACUUGUUGCCUGUGGAGUGUCGUGACGAUGUGUGGGUUCCGUGCGAGUGUGGUAAUGUGCCUAGUCUAAUGUUUAGCUUCAAUCUCAUGUACGAUUAGCUCGUAAGGUGAAGGCUGUGUUCUUCAAGAAACUUUAGCACUAUGCUAUGCUUCUUGCACAAUUUACGAAUAUUCAGUACAAAAUUUAACAACCAAUCUGACCUAAUGUGGUAUAUCAGAGAGGUUACUGAAUAUACUUAAAUUACUAUGUUCUUAAUAAAGUGAAUCUUAUCAAAAUUGAAUUACGCAACGUUUGUAAAGGUGCGGAACCCUGUGUAGCAAUUUAAUUUAUUGCGUUGUAUGUAACGCGUACCAAAACGUAUGAUAUAUUGUAGUAACCAAAGUAUCGCAUAGCGCUAGUUACCCUCGGACGGAUGUCAGGCGUCCUGUGCAUAUGUUUGUAAAUAAUGUAAACUAGAAUAAUUUUAAAUAAGAACAGUUAAUUUUAUUUCAAUUUUAGCGAAAUAACUUGUUUUAUUUUUGUUAAGAAUCCUUGUGAGUGUAGCAAUACUGUUUGACGGUUGGCAACACUAUUUUACUUCCAUGAUUAUGAAGCUGGUAACUCACAGUUCCCUGCCAAGUCAGUAAAGCCGCACUAGGUGCCUUUAUAAGCAGAGUACAAAGUGAUCUCUUUAAUAUUCUUCUUGCCAACAUUUCUUCCUUAUCCUGUUUGGUUGGCAGCUUGUUCCUUUGUCCGAGCCUUCUAGAGCCAAAACGUAGCCAGCCAAAACAUAUCCAAAUUCGUGUUGCCAAAAUAAAAUGCAAGAAAAAGUUAUAUGUCCCCCACCUCCACUAUGUAAGACCAUGUGCGCCUUAUAUGAAUCAGAAAAAGUCCAAUAGUGACUGCCAUUUUGCACAAUUAUUGGAAAACAUAACAAAAUUGAUUGAAUAUUGAAUUUAGUAGAUAUUUGAUACAGCUGACAGUUUAUGGAUAUUUCAAUCCUAGACCUUUGUAACGAGAAUUUGCUAUUGCAAUGUGUACUGCAUAACUUUUAUUCAAUAUAAUAUACAGGGUCGAAGGGACAGGUGGCUUUAAACUCUAGCCUUUAGCUUCAAUACGAUUCUGGAUUCCUCAGUUCUUAUAUUGUAAAGUUGAUUUUAUUUAAAAAUGAUAUACCCUACUUAAAUAUUUAUAUACCUAUAUCAAUAACCUUAAUAGAAUUUUCGACUUAUGCCCUAGAAAUUCAUCAUAUCUAAGAUAGGAAGAUAAGUGGAUUAAAGGAUUAGGAUAUGAAUGAAAUAUUUAAUUAAUUAAAGGGCGGCGAUGCGGCUGAGAAGCUGUACUUGUACAUAUAGGGACAAAAGUCCGUGAUUUUAAAUGUAUUCUUCAUUUAAAGUACUUUUAGUCUCGUGUAUGUUAUCAAUGUUAUGACUACUGAUGGACAAAAGUGAUCCCUAAGGACUUUUCAUAGUUUUUAUACUUUUUGUCAUUGUGAAGUUCGGUAGGUAUCAUCAAUGUACUAAGAGACCCUUUCUAUGUGAAGUGAUUAGCGUCGCGCUAUCUCUGUCGGUCUUAUUAGUUAGUCGCGUUCUCUGCUCAGUCCGUAGUACACCGAGUUAGUUGUUCAGCAUUCUAUGUUCUUCAAGAUAUAGCACUUUGGUGUUGUGUUGACUCUGUAAAUGUAAGACAGUGUUAGCCGAGAGUCGUGUGAUUGUAUAUUAUGGAAUUGAGUUGUUUUCAUGUUUCAUUGUUUCGCGUAAUUUUAUAUAUUUAAUGUUAGGUUCUUGUUGGGUCCCGAUCAUGUAGAUGAUUUUGGGCGAUAUGGAUAAUGCGGUGGAUGUAACAAAAUCACAAUUGAAUGACAUGUUUUAUGAAAGAAGCGGCAAUACCGAAUUUUAUUAAAAUAUUUAUUUAAAGUAUUUAACACUUAAAUUAUUUUGAAAAGAUUAAUAUUUUAUUUGCUUCUUUGUAUUUAUUAUGUUAGUCUUAAUUCGACAAUGUGUAUUCAUAUCGCUCUUAAUUCGAAUAUUAGGUCCUAACUAGCAAUAAUAUCGGGCCUGACUUAGUUGGCAUUUAUAUUAUAUAAGCGUGUAUGUAUAUUCAUGAGUUCCAAGCGCCUGCCAGGGCUGUAUGCAUCUAGUAAAUAUAAUAAUAUAUAUAUCAUGUUGUUAGUUCACAAAUAUUAUGAUCAGAUGUAAAAGUUAUCGUUAGGAGCAGCAUUAUUUUUUUAAAACAAUGUCUUUGUAAAUAAGCAUAUUAUGUCCUAAAAUGUAUUGCGUUUUCCAACAACGUAUCUUCCAUGAAUUAGUUGAUGUGUAAAUAGAAUAGAUUAUAUUUCCCUGCAUUUUUAAAACGAUAUUGUUUUUCUUGUCAAGGAAGCGAAAGUUUACACUGGUAACUUACUGCUAUUUAUAUGAGUGUCCGAAUAAAUAAAAUAAAUGGAUGUAGCGGUAUUAUAUUCAGUUUAGCUACUGUAUAUAGUAAACUACAUAAAAUAACAUUACCCAUAUGAGUGUACAAAAUAUGUUAAACAUGUUGACAUAUUCAUAAUCGCGGUGUAAAUUGUCGCUUGACUUGACCCAGGUAUCGGUUGCAAGUCGCCGACUGAAAGACUAAGUUUCCUUGUAUUAUAAUAGAUGUAAGACCGCGAUGUCUAUCGUGAAUAAUCCGGAGUUUCGGAGAUAAUCGUCGUUUUUUAUACUUUGUAUGGUGUGCUUAUGGUGCGAUGGUUUGAUCUUAUCCUUUGUAAUUAUGUCGGUAAUUAGUGGCUGGAGCUUUUUGUAAAAUUAUGAUGUAAAUUGUAACUUCGUUGGAUGUUUGGACCUCCGUCCAGAUAAGCAUAGGUAUUAUGUGAUGUGUGGACGGAAUUAAAAUAUCUUUAAACCGUGUCUAAUCAAUUUUUCCGAACAGUUUCUCAAAGAGCUGUUGACUCGUCAUGUUUUGUUUUAAAGUAAGACUGAAGUAGGGCGGGAACAGACGAUUGUCUGUCACUGUAACUCUGGAUUGUUGUUAUCACAUUUUAUGAUAAUAAUAAUUGUAAAAAUGUACCUAAUGUUUUUUUUAAAUAAUUAUACUACGAUGAAAUAUGACAUUGCAUAUUAUUUCAAAUUACACCAUCUUCUACCUUAGAUGCGAGGUUAGGGAUUGAAAAUGUCUUCACAUUUUAUUAAAAUACAUUUAUUUAAAAAUGACUGAAGGAACUGGCUUAUAAACAAGGCACUUAUUAGCCUGUGUACCUUAAUAUGGCCAUUUGAGGUCUAUUGCUCACAUUCAUGUUCCUGUUUACAAUUAGGCGCGAUUUAAUAUUAAAAGUACUUUACUAAUUCCAGGACGUCUAAUUCCAUACAAUUUAUCAUACUGUUCAAAUUGCAAUGUAUUAAUCUAUCAAUAUGCUGUACAAUAGGCCUCAUGUUCGUAAUUAUGUUAUAGACAGCAAUGGUCGUACUCUAUCCAAGUGUUUCAGACCACGCCAAGCAUAUUUAUCUUAAUUUUAUAAAUACAUUCAUUGUAACAUUAAUUCAAAUUGUUUCCUUAUAGUAGGCACCUUUGAUUCAGCUUAAUCAUUAUUACAAACAAAGGAAAUGUGUCAAUUAUCUCAAUAUUAUAAUUUUAUUACAUAAUCAUAGUGCCUGUCUAUAUAACCGUGUUAACCACAUUUCGAAAAAUUUGGAAAAUUAAAAUACCUUUGGUAUAUUACGACUAAACAUUGAUCUUUUUAUUUUAGAUAGGACGUAUUUUAGACUUAUUUACAAAAUUACCCUUUACGGGAUUUCAUAAUUUCUAAUACAUAUAUGUAACAAUAAUUGACACAUUUCGCGCGAUACCUAACUUGUAUGGCAUACAAAAAAUACUAAGUACUUUGUACGAAAAUCUCAUGAACAUUAUAUCACAUUUAAUACAUAAAAAUUUCAUUAAACUGUUAUAUAUUAAUAACACUUCCAUAUACAUAAUAUUUCAUUUAUAAAAUACGUGUAAAAAUUGUAAUUUGUCUGUUCAAUUAAGCACAACAUAACUAACAAAACAGUAGGUUCAGCUCACAUUGGAAAAUAUCUAAGUAUUUAUCAAUAAUGCGUACUUAAUUAUACAGGGUAUAAAAUAAAAUAUGGAUAAAAAAUAAGUACGGAAACAUAAAAAUUGUCGUAAUUUAUAAAACUUAAGUUCACUAGACGUUUGUUCACUUAACUUCAAUGCAAAGUUACUAACUUUAUGUUUUACUUAUGUAAACAUGCGCCUGCUAUGGUGAAAACUUGGGAGACUUUUCAUAAAAAAAAUAUGAAAAUUGUAGAACUUUUACGGUAUUUUAUGACUUAUUUCAGGAAGGUAGGGCUUGUAUUUGCUAUGUACAACGAGCAGGCACAUUACAUUGGUACUAACAAUAAAUACUAUGUAAUACGAAAUGGAAUAAUUUUAGUAAUUCUAAGUAACGUCGUUGUUGUAGUUUCUUGCAAUAUCGGUCUGCUCAGGGAGUCGCGAUCUGAAAGGAAUAGUAUUGUUGUAAUCACAUGUUUUAAUUAAGCUGAGGUCAUAGAGCCUUCAAAAAUCA